GCAGCCCCAGCACCCGGGGGAGCAGCAGCCUGCGAAGGACCCGCUGCAGGACACCACCAGCGGCUCCGAAGCUGAUGUGGCUGCCGACGUGGGACAGCUGGUGGAGAAGGUGGAAACCGACAAGAACAGCAGCUCCCAGGACAAGUCUGUCUCCCAGGAUCUCCUUGAGAUUAGCCAGAUGAAGAAGGCGCAGUCCCGCAUAGAAGGAAAAAUCCAUAUGAUCCAGGACGCGCUUGGCUUGGGGAACCUCCAGGAUGCUGCCGGCCAGCUGCCAGGCCUCUGGAACCUAAGGACUCUGGCCAGUGAUGUGCAAAUGGUGAAGGAAAGGCUGCGCCUCUACCCGGACCCAGAGGUGGUCAGCAACAUGUUGCACUGGGAUGUGCUGAAGGAUUGCCUGGUGGGCAGGAAAGGAGAACAAGGCGGAGAUGGAGGAAGACCCAGAGGACAAGAAGGAGACCAGUCUGCCACCACCAAGUCUCCCACUUCAGAUGUGGACACCCCACAUGGGUCAAGCUCAGUGCUGGGAUCUAGAGACAGCUCAGUGGGGCUGAAGGAUCCUGGGACAUCUCUAACAGCCCCUAAGCAGCAGGGAGGCGUUCCCUCAGAUCAGAGGAGGGAUGCUAGCACCACAGUGGUGAUGCAGGCAGUGUCUCAGGAUGCACAGACCACCAUCUUGGGGACACAACCAAUACAGCCAGUGUCCACGGGCAUCCAGACCGCCACCCUGGAGACACAGCUAGAGUCUACCGUCACUCAGACCACCAUCUCAGGGGAGCAGCUCAGCACACAGCUUCACCAGGCAGGCCCCCUGGAAGCAGGGACUCUCUUGCCAACAACCCAGGGAUUCGAGAUCCCGCUCGACACUGAUCCCAGGACCACGUCCCACUUGCAAGAGCUGGCGUUGCCCUCAGGCUCCAGCAGUGCCUAUCACAAUGCCUGCAAGUCCUACAUGGAGACGGUGGAGGCUCUCAAGCAGAUUGGGCAGCUCAGACACCAUUAUGCUUCCCUGAAGGAGCAGGUGGCCCAGCUAGAAGCCACCAGGUUGGAGCAGACUGAACUGGAGAAGCUGCGCCUGCUCCUCCAGGAGGGAGGCCAGGAGAGCGCUGCCAACAUGCUGGCUGAUCUCCAGGGCCAGGUGUCAUCCCUGCAGGGCUUGGCCAGUGACCUGCAGGGCCUGGCCAGUGACCUGCAGGGCGAGAAGGGAAAGAUCAGGAUACUGGAGAGUGCCCUUGGCAAACUGGAGGCGGCCAGAGACAGCUGGCAAAUGGACCUCAGCAACCAACUCAGCCCGCCAUUGGGGUAAGAGGACAGGAGAGGGUUUUGUUCCCUGU